AUGAGAGUGAAGGACGGUCGGCAGCUACACCAUUUGCGCUUUGCUGAUGACAUCGUACUGAUAACACCUAGCAUCAGCCAAACGGAACGAAUGCUGACCGAAUUCGACGAAACAUGUGGAUGCAUCGGUCUUCAGCUGAAUCCACAAAAGACGAUGUUCAUGCGGAACGGAUGGGCCUCGGAUGCCCCAUUCACGCUCAACGGAACAAACAUAUCCGAAUGCACCAGCUGCCUUUAUAUGGGUCGGGAAUUGAACAUGAUGAACGACCUGACCCCCGAGCUGUGCAGGAGGAGACGAGUGGCUUGGGGAGCGUAUAAGAGCAUCGAGGAUGUAGUGAAGAAGACCAGGAACACCCGGCUUCGUGCUCGCCUCUUCAACACCACCGUACUUCCUGCUUUGACCUAUGCUUCGGAAACCUGGGCAUUUCGCAAGCAGGAAGAAAACGCGGUGAGCGUCAUUUUGCGCGCAAUUGAGAGAGCGAUGAGGACACGAUGCGCUUUAACGACAACCGUUGGGCCAGAGCCGUGA